AUGGGUAACAGUCCAAGUACAGAAGAUAAGUUUCAAACUCUCACGGUUACAAGAGAAAAAUUGCACCAGACCUUUCGUCGUUUAGCCAAGGAGAGGACGCCAAGUGUUGACCUUUUAACUAUAUCUAGGGGAAUAUUUGGAGAAGUGAGAGGACUGGAUGAAACUGUCUCUUUAGAACAUCUAAAAGACAAGACUGGUGUAAAUGAUGAUAAUAUCUGGAAACUUUACAAAAGCCUCUCUAAAUGGCCAUGCCUUCGUGAUUUAAAUCAAGAAGAUUAUAAUUAUUUUACUUUAGGAGAAAUAGUGAUCUUGACGUUCUUGCUGAAUGGUGGUUUUAGGAAACUAGGACUAGAUGGGAACUACUUUACUAAAUUGGUUUUCAUUUUGGCUGCUCAUGUUAAAGGUGAGAACAAGUGCCAAGCUGAGAAACAAAGUAUGGAAAUCGAACAAGCUGAUGAUACCAAAAAUGAAGAAGUUGAAGUGAUUGUACAGGAUGGUGUUAUAAAAUGGGAAUUACUGCCCAUUGUUCAAUCGUUUGAUCAAGUGGAGGCGGGAAUCAUGGAUAGACACACAUUGGAGGAAUUAAUCAAAGCAUGUUUGUCUAUGUCGGUAAUGAGAUAUAUUGAUAACGCAUUUGAUAUUGAUUACAAACACCAGAUCAGUUCGUUGGUUCACACUAUAUACAGUGAAGGAUUAACGCUACAGAAAUUUGAAAAUAACGUUGUAGACUUUACGCCUAAUCUUUUGAUCCCACUAACCAAUCUGUUUGGCAAAUUGUUGCUGCCGGAUGAUCCAUCGUUGCAUACGGACGGAAAGAAUUUAAGCAUCCCCCUGCUUGCACAACUCUCAACAGUGACAAAUAUUGAAAAGAUGCUGAAAUCAAAAGCCUUGUACCAAGGUUCAAGGGACGGAUUUUCAAUCAAUUCGAUAUUGACCCAUACAAGUAAUUACAACGCAGAGACAGUUUUAUUGAUUACCGGGAAAAUUGCUGAUAAGGGAAAAGGGUUGUUUUAUAAGUAUUUCCCUCGAUUCCAUCCAGUGGUGGAGGCAGAACCAGUUGUAGGGAAAAGGUUCCAAAUGGCAAUAAUACUCAAUGCUCCCUGGCGAGUCUCAAAUACUAAGAAUUUCUGUGACGACUUGACUGUAGUGCAGCUGUCUCCGAGACAGAUGACAUUAAAAUCUAAGGAGGCGUGCUUUUAUUUCAGUAACAUUGGUUUAGGACUUGGGGUAGGCAGCCCACCCCCACUGAAAUCCAAACAUGGAGGCAAGAUUACCUUUAGGUUAAGGGGCAUAUCUUUGACUAUCGACAAUUCUCUCGAAGUGGGUAAUUGGAGGGUUGAGGAUGUAUCUGAUAGUAUGUUUGGCUCUACCUCUGGAGCGCCAUCUAUAUAUGGGGACUGGUGGUUCAAAAUACGAGAGGUCGAGGUUCUUGGACUCGGAGACAAUGAAACUUUCAGUGAACAAAAGCGUCGUUUGGAGUGGGAGGAGAAAGAAGCAGAGCGUCGACAGGGGCUCAAUGAUUACAAGGAGGGUCGUGCGUUGCUUGAGCUUGCGGGAAUUGUAGGACAAGGGGGUUCUGGUGGAUCUGUUUGA